AUGUACAACCACUUGAGGAAGUGGAGGCAAAAGUGGUCUAGGAUCUGUAAGUUAAAAGAUCUUAGUGGAGUCUUGUGGGACAGUGAUGUCAAUGCAAUCAUGCUUGAUGGGGAGCACUACCUAGGCUACUGCAAGGACCACCCUAAGGAUGUAGAGUUCCUUAACUAUCCUAUAAGGUUCUACUCUGAGAUGGAGGCCAUAUUUGGGCAUUCUAUGGCCAUUGGUAGGUAUGCACUUGGUUCUGGUGAGGCCCUUGGCGUCAACCAAGCUGAUAGUGCAGUUGCUAAGGUUGAGGGCUCUGUCUUCCACUAUGUCCCUGAGGAGAAGGCCAACACUGAGGUUGGUGAGGGCAGCAAGGCCACAGAGCUGCUACAUUCUACUAUGGGUGGGAAGAGGAAGAGAGGGAACUUCACUGGGGAUGAGAUGCUCUUGCUGACCAACAUGUCUGAUGCUGUCAACAAUGUUGCCAAUGCACUUAGGGAGACAGGUGCUGCACAUGUGGAUCCUGACCUCUAUCUUGUAGUCAUGGAGAUGCAGGGCUUCACCACUGAAGCCCUCAUUGUUGCCUACACCUACCUACUGGAAAACAAGGCCAUUGCCACAGGCUUUGUAAAGAUGGCAACUAGCCAUAGGGACAUUUGA